AUGAAUGUUCUACCUAACCCCAUGACCAGGGUCCAUCAGGAGCAGCCUCUCCCUCUCUGCUCCCAGGGGGCCCACCGCCAGGACUUCUCCUCCAGGUGUCCUCUAGGGCUUGGUGCUGGUCAUGGGGGCAGGCUUAGGGCCAUGGGGGGGCCUCUGGGGCCCCAGAGACCAGGCAAGUCACCGCGGGAGCUGAGCCCUGAGGAGCAGCAGGAUCUAAGGAGGAAGAUCAACAGCCGGGAGAGGAAGAGGAUGCAGGACCUGAACGUCGCCAUGGACGCUCUGAGGGAGGUGAUGGUGCCUUACGCCUCCUCCUCUCCUUCCUCCUCGUCCUCCUCCCAGGGGCCACACUCCCACCAGCAGCAGCCAGGGGCCCCACCUGGACGCAGGCUCUCCAAGAUCUCCACCUUGGUCCUGGCCCGUAACUACAUCCUCCUCCUGGGCUCGUCUCUACAGGAGAUGCGCCGGCUCCUGGGGGAGGUGAGUGCCGGGGUGGGGGUGAACACGGGGCCUGUCCCCAGGCUGCUCCUGGCCGGGGGUUGGCCCCUCCUCACCGGUCCCAGUCAGCUUCUCCUCUCCCCAGAAUCUCUCCUGACCUCGGCCUCCUCCUCCUCCAAGUGUCCUCUGCUGCCUCCUGGCCACUUGGAGGGCCCCAUGGCCCCGGUGCAGUGGGGCUCAGCUGGGGCUCCUGGUGGUCCACUCUGCCCCUGUGUGGUGUGCAGGCUGCCCAGCCCUGGACCCAGGUUCCCCAAGUGA